AUGUUUGAGAAUUGCAGCGCACACAGGCAGAGUCCACAGGGGAGCAGACCCAGCACCACCCGCCGCUCCCCUGCCGCAGCGAGCCACGGCCUGGGCAGCAAUAACACAGACAUCUCCUCUGCCGGAGGUCAGCAGAGGCUCAAGAAUGCCAUCAACCUGGGGAAGGCCAAGAUGAGUGACUUGCUGAGGAGAAAGGAGUCCACCCACAUCGAGGACAUCGGAGUGACGGAGGUGAACAAGAGCGUGGAGCUUGGCUGGAGUCUGGGUCCCACCAGCCCCCUCUCCCCCCUGGAGGCCUUUCCUCGGUUGCAGCCGCCCCCUGCCUCGGGAAAGAAGCGUGUCCUCCGUGCUCUCAAGACAACCCAGGACAUGAUGAUCUCCUCUGUGCCUGUGGUAAGAUCCCCCGAGCAGGCUGAGGCCGGAUCCACCCCGGACACACCAAAGAAGGCUCUCCCUACAGCUGAGAAGGACCCGCCCAUGGCUGAGGAAGACCACCCCACGACUGAGAAGGACCCCCCCAUGGCUGAGGAAGACCACCCCACGACUGAGAAGGACCCACCCAUGGCUGAGGAAGAUCACCCCACGACUGAUAAGGACCCCCCCAUGGCUGAGACGGACCUCCCUAUGACUGAGAAGGAACUCCAAACAGCUGAGAUGGACCCCCCCACUCCUGAGAAGGACCUGACCACAGCAGAGAACACCCCAUCGCCCAUCAUCAGCCCAGACACAGGAUUUGAGAAAAUAACAGAAAGCACAGCCCUGCCCUUGCCUCCCGAGCUGGAUGAGCCCAGUUGUCUGCUGGAUAUGGCUCUGGAGCAGUCCAUCCCAGACCUCAUCCACCAGGACCCCCCGGACCCCGCCCUAACCCACCUCACAGUUGGGCACAGUGCGGGCGAAGAUAGCAGCCCAGACCUGCUCUCGUUUGAGUGA